GUUAAAAAUACAGAAAACUCAAUUUAGUUCUUUAAAAGAAAAUUAUUAUUAAUAUUUACGAAUUGUUAAAAUAAAAGAUCUGAAUGAAAUAAUGUGCAUGUGGUGAAAAGAAAGAGGGCAAACGUGCGCAGUUUACGCAUUAYAAGCAGCUAUUGCGUCGGGCGAAAGGUUUUGUCGUGUAGUUGUGUCCGUGUGUGAAAAAGGGGAGGGAAUUGGUUUGUUAAAUUGGACUGUGAAGAAAGUAGAAAUGGUAGAAACUCUAUCGUCGUCGCCGCCACCGAAAGAUUUCGAAAAGUACUGCACAGAUAAUUCAAAGCAGAUCUGUCGCUUAACGAUUUCAUUAUCGAAAUUUUAGUCCUUGCGAUCAAAAUACUAUUGAAAAUAUGUUAUGUGUGUAUUUAAAAUAAGAACAAAAACAACAUAAGUGAAAAAUAGUACAACUUUUAAAUUGGGAAUAUUUACAUACGAAAGCAAAAAAGCCAAAAACAAAAGUGUAUACCUGGUUAAGGUGCAGCGCAGCUAAACGCUGGCAUUAAAAAAACGCUGAUAAUACGGAAAACUGAGUAGCGUAAAAAACAUAUAUACGGGUGAGGUCAAGUAGGCUGACCACUCGCACCGUCGUUUAAAACGCAGUCAGGCAGUCUGCUGCCUACACGACAAUGUAUGUAGGGUGAGGCUGCAUCACAGUGAAUUUAUGCAUUUUCGACUAUCAAACAAUUUAAUAUAUGUACAUAUAUACAGAAGCGGUUAAAUUACAGUCAAGUUGACAUACAAAGAGGCGGCAGUAAAGUUCUGCAAUUCUACAGAUCAACAAAAUCAAACAAAAAAGAAAGCGGGCCAUUGGCCAGUGAUUGUUAGCUUUAUAUCCUGUUUCUGACACCGAAGCGUUGGUGAAAGUGCUUAUAAUGCAGCGAGUGAAAUUGGGCGCCGAUGAAUUUACGGAGGCAAAAUCAUUAUCCUGUAAUCCAAUAUGGGUGUGCCGGAUAUUAGWAAAGCAUAACUAAAAAUUAAUUUGCGCAGCAGCAACAGCAACUCACGAUUUCUUGUGUUAUAAAUAAUCAAGUUUAAAAGGAAGAGGCAAGGAAGAAAAAUUAAGCUAACAAGCCAACAAGCCGGCAAGCCAUAUUUGGCCCACCCCGCACUUGUAUUUACAACAUUGACAUUCACACACAUGCUUGCACGUAAAAGAUUUUGAGGUAACAGUUUACGUUCUGAAUGAGGUUUAACUGCGUUUGGCCCUCUGCGCUCCGCUACGCAAAAAYAAACUGCGGAUUUAAUAGAAAAUUCUCCGUUGCUUGCAAACUCUAUUUUGCCAAUGCCUAAUAACGUUAUAAAGACGAGCAGCGCCAGCGCCAGCAGUACCAGUAAUGGGCGCAGCAGCAGCAGCAACAAUAGUAGCAGCAGUAGUGCCAAUGCCAAUUCAGCAAAGUCAAUUAAUAGCCAUAAAAAUGAGACGAAAGCCUUGUCUGCCGCCUCGUCUGCGAUGUCUAAUUUUGUAGGAUCGUCCAACACACUGCCAGACAAAAGCGUUAUAAUUAAACAAUCAAACAACAACGAACGCAUUGCUACACACCGGCGUGAUGGUUCCAAUAUUACUGGUGUACAGCGRCCGCUAUAUCGCAAGUUACAAUAUAUAAGCCCACAGAYGCAUUUUCGACAUGCUGCGGCAACAUCGGAAGCCUUAGGUGAUACGACGCUGCAUGAUAGUCGUAGCGAUGUGCUUGUCUAUUCCGAAGAUGGACAUUUAGUAUCGGCUAGUUUAGAAGCACUCAUCACACACAUGGUGCCCACAAGCGAUUACUACCCAGAGGAAAAUUUCAUAUUCGCAUUUUUGCUUAGCGCACGCCUAUAUGUGCGGCCGCAUGAAUUGCUUGCGCAAAUAUCACAAACUUGGGAGCGACAGCAGCAACAACAGCAGGAACUGAAACAGCAGCAUAAUCUACAGCAAGGCGUAGACGUGGUGGACGAAGCACAUUUCAGUCAUUUAGCCGUYGCUGCCUCAGCAUCGCCGUUAAUGCAACGUAAAGCCGCGAAUAGUGCCGUUUUAUUGCCAGCUGCAGUUGGCCAUAAUGAGGUAAACGUUAUUGUGGAGGGUCACCUUAAGCAGCGUACUGCCAUUCAGUUGAGUGCGCAGAAUUGCAUACGUUUGCUUGCCGAAUGGAUUGAGACGUUUCCGUAUGACUUUCGAGAUGAACGUCUAAUGCAGCAGGUGCGCAUAUUAGCGCGGAAAUGUGUCUACAUUGAUAAUGCGCUCGGUAGGCGAGUGUCAAGAAUUUUACAACUGCUUGUACAUCGUCUCACAGUGCUAGAGCAAUAUGAGGCGACUUUGCAAGCAAUGGCAGCUACUGAUCUCACCACGGCGGGCAGUAAUCAGCAACAACUACCGCAYUACAACACAUCGGCCGCGGCGUCCACCACGGCGAGCACUCAAAGCGCCACGCACAAUUCGCUAGUGGGUUGCGUUAAAAGUCAUACACUGCACACAACCAGCAUAACAGAGGCACACAAACCAACCACAAUCACAAAUAAUUCAAAUUCAUUAGGCUCCGUGGCCGUGGCAGCAGUCGCAGCGGCCAUAGAUGGUAAUAGCGCGCACGAAGUGCAUGGCAUUAUGGACAUAUGCCCAAGUUGUGCGCAGUUGGCGCAUCAGCUGACCGCCAUUGAAYUAGAGCGGCURUCACACAUUGGUCCCGAAGAAUUUGUGCAAGCUUUCGCCAAGGAAUAUCAACAUGCUAUUGAUGGCAAAUCAACAGCGACGACAACAACUAGCGGUGGCAAAAAUGCGGCGAGCGUUGACUCCACGACGCUGAAUGAUAUGAAGAAAACGCGCAACCUAGAAUCGUACGUGGAGUGGUUUAACCGGCUGAGUUACCUGACGGCAUCGGAGAUUGUAAAGUAUCCGAAGAAAAAGCAGCGUGUACGCAUAAUCGAAUACUGGAUAGAGACCGCGCGGGAGUGUUUCAAUAUUGGCAACUUCAACAGUUUAAUGGCGAUUAUAGCUGGCUUAAAUCUAGCACCCAUAUCAAGGCUAAAGAAAACGUGGUCGAAAGUUCAAUCUGCAAAAUUCUCUGUACUGGAGCAUCAAAUGGAUCCAACAUCGAAUUUCAAUAGUUAUCGCUCAACGCUUAAGGCAGCCAUGUGGCGUUCGGAAGGCGCUACGGAGGAACGUGAACGCAUAAUCAUUCCAUUUUUUAGUUUAUUCGUUAAGGACUUAUACUUUUUGAACGAGGGCUGCUCCAAUCGUUUGCCAAACAAUCAUAUCAAUUUUGAAAAAUGCUCACAACUCGCCAAACAGGUGAUGGAGUUUAACGAAUGGAAGAAGGUCACUUGCCCAUUUGAGCAAAUGCCAAAUGUGAUUGCAUAUCUGCAAACCAGUAGUGUUUUAAAUGAGAACACAUUGUCGAUGGCGUCUUUCGAAUGUGAACCACCCGAAAACACCGAGGAAAAGGGUCGUUACAAAACGGUUAAAGCCGAAACCAAACAACAAUUAUUACAUCAACUGCAAGAGCAACAACAUCAACACCAACCAUAGUCGUUUGCAACAGUGUUGCAACAAAAAAUUAUGUUAUUUUUAAAGUGUGUGUAUGUAGGCACUAGUGGGUUGGACGCGGCGCAAACUAAGUAUUUGACAUUAUUUGUCKAAAAACUUGAUUUGAUUUUGUUCAAAAUUCCUGACACUUAAAAACAUUAAACUCCAAAUGCAAUUAUCGAAAAUAACCGUUAUUUGCGUUCUGCGAAAUGUCUAACCCGCGUGCGUUUAUUUUCGUUUCUAGCAAUUGUUGCGGAACGCUUGCCAUUUUUUGAUACCUACUUUGAUAUUUUCAAAACGUUUUUAAACAUAUACUAGGUCUAGUUACAUUUAUSUUUAGCAUAUAAGAAGACAACAGCAACAGCAACAACAAUUAAUAGCAUCAUAGUAGGGUAAUGAAAGGAACAAGAGAGAAACACAAUUAAAAUUUACUUGAGAACAAUUUUGUGACUUGAAAAGUCGAAAAUUCUAUAGCGUACUACUUAAAAA